UACCGGAUAUGGAUUUUGUUCGCGUGGAGUCGUUUCCGGAGACAUUUCACUGCUGAUGAAGCAGACAUAAGAUAAUAAAUUAAUUAAAGUAUUUAAUUCGGGCGAUAAAGGAACAGCAAUUAUCUUUCAGUGGAUACAAUAUUUUGUUUGACAUUUUUGGGGGGGAUCAGCACUGCGUUACGAAAUGAUCCCAACGAAACGCUUGCUAGCGUAGCUAUGUCCUCAAAAGCCGCUGCAAAGCAAUGUUGUUGCUAGCUAACGACGUUGCGAGAGGGACCAUAGCUAACGUAACUCGAUAGCUAGUUUUCUCCUCGCCAUCAUAUUUAUGUUGACUUUUCCGUUACAUCCAACGCCUCUGCAGUAGCAUUAUGGUGUGCUGUGUCAAUGGGCAUUUGUCUUGUAACUAUCUAGUUUACUAUACAUAGAAAACGUUGUUUAGUUUAAUAACUUUUCGAAACCAACUACUCCGAGUUCGGCUAACUAGCUAACGUUAGCUUCUAACUCACGACAUUGUUCAACGCAAAGACCGCUACGAAACCCUACUAUCAACGCAAGGCUUUCUUCCAGUUUCGUUUGUACUACGUUAACUUGACAAGCUUGCUAGUUGUCUGGAAUACGAUGGCUUCUUCGUCGGGAAACGAUGACGACCUCACUAUUCCCAGGGCAGCUAUCAACAAAAUGAUCAAAGAAACUUUGCCCAACGUACGGGUUGCCAACGAUGCGAGAGAACUUGUUGUGAACUGUUGCACAGAGUUCAUACAUCUAAUUUCAUCAGAGGCGAAUGAAAUAUGUAACAAGUCUGAAAAGAAGACUAUAUCUCCUGAACAUGUUAUUAAUGCACUUGAAAGCCUGGGUUUUGCGUCGUACAUCACAGAGGUGAAGGAUGUCUUGCAGGAAUGUAAAACUGUAGCACUUAAGAGGAGAAAGGCCAGCUCUCGCCUGGAAAAUCUGGGUAUACCAGAGGAAGAGCUCCUUAGACAACAACAGGAACUCUUUGCAAAGGCACGGCAACAGCAAGCAGAGCUAGCCCAGCAGGAGUGGCUCCAGAUGCAGCAGGCUGCCCAGCAGGCCCAGUUGGCUGCAGCAUCUGCCAGUGCUGGGCAGCAGGCUGGCUCCUCACUGGACGAGGAUGACGAGGAUGACAUGUGAUGAUGAUGACCCCUGGGGCCUGGAAUUUGGGCAACAACAAGAAGGCAGGGUCAUCUUCAUAAGGGCACACCUUAGCAAAACAAUUUUGCAAUGGAUACUGAAAGCAAGCGUUUCUUAUUGGAUCACUACAGAUAGUAGGCUACCACCCUGUUCCGGGCUGUUUUCUCCCUGUUUCGUGCCUAUUGAACACGACCCAGGCCAUAUCCCUUUUCUUUGGACAGUGUCAGCAAGCAGCCCUCUCUCUUCCAACGCUCUCAUUGGUAGAGAUCUGAGCUAUGUAGAGGCAUAAUGCGCGCAAUCCCACCAGUCCAGUAUCAGGCGUACAUGUUGUUAUGGACAGUUUCAAGCUAUAUAGAUAGACAUAUUUUUUUUUAAAUUUGACACGCAAUCCCACCAGUCCAGUAUCAGGCGUACAUGUUGUUAUGGACAGUUUCAAGCUAUAUAGAUAGACAUAUUUUUUUUAAAAUUUGACAGUAGUAUCUGAAAAUGCACUUAUUUGGAUAAAGAUGCAUUUUCAAGCAUUACCUCCACUCAGCUGAAAUUUUAUUUUUGCCAAUCACAAAUCAAAUGUUAACUCUGUCAUGGAAUUGUCAUGUGCUGUGUGAUUUGGAGAUUAUUGUUGGAUGCAAGGUAGAAUGGACAAUGCUGAAGGUAGAAAGUGUAUUGGGAAAAAAGUAUCAUGGUUUUGGCUAUGUUGAGAAAAGAACAUUAGUACAGUUCAGGUACUGCUCCUUUAGAUUGUUUCUACUAGAUUAUUUGGGGGUUCAGGAGAACAGCUCCUCUUUGCCAAAGGUGGGCUUUACUUAUUCCUCCUACCUGUUUGUGGUCCUUUUUUGGUAGUAGUUUUGACAUGAAUAGUUCCUUACCCCCUUCUUUGUAUGUUUGUUUAACAGGACGGAUGUGUCUAAAACAGCACCCUAUGUCCUAUAUAGUGCAUUACAUUUGACCAGAACCCUAUAGGCCCUGGUCAAGUAUUGCACUAUAAGGGGAAUAGGGUGCCAUUUGGGAUGCACAAAAUAUUUCUGAAACACUUAGGGGGGUUGUGACUGUAUUUGAUUUGUAAAAUUGGGUUUGAAAAUGCUUUUUGUUUUAUUUUAGCUCAGUCGUUAUCAAAGUAGGUUGAUGCUUUUUUUCUUAUGUUCACCUACAGUAUUGCUAAUUGAUUAGCUACUCAUUUCAGAAUAUUUUUUGACUCAUAGAACCAAAUAUAUAGCCUGCAUCCCAAAUGGCACCCUCUUUCCUAUGUAGUGCAAUACUUUUUUACCAGAACCUAAUUGGCCUUGGUCAUAGUGCACUAUAUAUGGAAUAGGGUGCAAUGUGGGACACAACUUAACAACCCUGAGCAUAUGAGAUGAGGCCAAGGUGUAUGUUCCAUGUGUAGAACAAAGAGACUUGGAUGCAGUGUGCACUCAGGUUACUGUUCACAAUGCUGAUGGUAACUUUCACUUUGUAAAAAUGCUUUAUCUUGGCUUAAUCUGUUUUGUUGCAUCCCAAAUGGCAGCCUAUUUCCUUUAGUGCAUAUGCAUACUUUAGUUCUAGUCAAAAGUAGUGCACCAUGUAGGGAAUAGGGUGCCAUUUGGGGUGUACUCCUUUUUUUUCUCCAGUGUGGAAGGAAAAAGUUUCAUUGUGAAUGUGUGGUGAAUUGUUUAAAAAUGUAAAGAUUGGUAACCUCUAGGUGUGAUACACAUUCACAUGCCUUCUAUAAAGUUGUAUUCUUUAAGCAAUAAAGUUAACAUGUUUUAUAGAGACCAA